AUGGCUAUCUUUGUUUUAUAGAGAACCAAUAAAUAAUAUAGAUAAUCAUUUUUAUUCACUAUUACCGAUAAUUCUUAAGGUAGUUUUAUUAUUAUCAUUAGAAUCCAAGAAAUGAUUAUUCCUUUAUUGCUUGAUGACCCUUUUGCUUAUUUUACAUUCGAUCAGAAUCACUUGUCAUUUUAAAUCAAACUAUCAAAUUUUUCAGAAUUUCCCUAAUUCAAUCCAUUCUAAUAAAAUUAAAGUAAUUUAAAGGCUUUAUUAAGAAAGUAUGUAAUAUUUGGAACUACUUUAGAAGAUUUCAUUUUUAAUAGAGUUAACACUCAUAAUAAUAAAUUACUAGUAAAUAAGAUUCUUGAAUUAAAUAACCAUAAAAAGCCUAAUGAAAAAUUAAUAAUAAAAUAUUCUGAAUUCUAUAUAACAGAAUUGAUGUUCAUGAUUGUAAUUGAUUAGAAACAAUAAAUUAUUUUAUCUUAAAAAUAAAAAAUUUAGAAACUUGAAAAAGGAAUUAAAGUUUUCAUAGAUGGUAUAAAUAAAUUUUUGUAAGCUCAACUCAAUUUAAUCAAUAAAUCUAAUUUAGACAGAAACUCUUUCUAUAAAAUGUAAACUAAAUUAAUGUACAUUUUAACUAAAUUUUCUAUUACAAAAGAUAUUGGUCUUUCUUCCUGUAACAUUAAUUCAAAAAUUAAUUACUUUAUUAAAUUAUAUCAAAAAGCUUAUAAUAUUCAAAUUUAAUGUCAAUAUCAUAUGGAUCAUGAUUUUUAUAUAAUAACAAUGAAAUAAAUGUUAAAUUAAUUACUCAUCAAAUUAAUGACCUUUUUGUCUAAACUUAAUGAAGAUUAGAUUUCAAUUGAAAUUUUCUCUGAACAAAAUUAUAUUGAUUUAAUUAUUUACACAAAAUCUAUAGCUGCAUUAAAUGUAAAACUUUAAAAAAAAACGAAUUUUAGAAAAAUCUUAAAAUAAAUAGGACCAUUUGAUAAAUUAAUUGUAAAUUAGGAAAGUAAUUUUAUUUUAUUAUUAAAGGUGUAAUUAUUCGUUUAUACAAAAAUAUGGGACAUUUAGAAGAUAUGAAUCCAUUUGAAUUAUCUUGA